AUGAUGGCAUCAUCAUCAUCGGUAGUAUUGUAUAGUGGAUAUUUAUAUCCAGUUCAAGCCUUUCCGAUUGGUAAUCAUCAUGAACAAGAGGACAAUGAUUCUAUCAUUGCUAAUUCCACGUCUGGCACUAAUAAUCAUCAACCUUCCAUGUAUCAUGACGAUGAUUCCGUACAAGAUAUUCUCACGUCAUCCUCUAAUUUACAAUUCGGAAAAAGGAAAUGGUUUGAAAUUAGAAAUGAUUAUCACUUGUAUCAAUACCGAACAAGAAGAGUUUCAUCAUCAUUCAACAGCAGCAGUAGUAGUGAAGGCGGGUCUAACAACAACCACUAUGAAAUGAAAACGAAUUUAUUACAAUACCAUCAUAUCCUUCCGAUCAAUCAUGUUCAUUAUUCACAGAAAAGUUUUAACGAAAAUAUUAUGGAAAUUUAUUCACAACAAUCACCUACGUAUCGGUCGCCGUUAGUGGACUCGUCUGAAGAGCAGCCACAACAGCAGCUGUUAUUGGGAGGAGAGGACUCUCCAUGGUCUGAAGAACAGCAGCAAGUCCAGACGACAACUACCGAAAUGCAUGAACAACAAGUAGGUGUAAUUCAAGAGGAACAACCAAUGGAAGGUGACGUGAUGAAUAACUCAAACAUGACGCUCCAGAAACGGUACAUGCUCUGUUGCAAGAGUGACGAUCAACAAGAGGUCUUGUUGUUUGCCACAAAUUCUGAACAGAAGAGAAGUGAGUGGAUUUGUGUGUUGAAACAUAUUCUGCAUUUGGGAUUUACAGAGAGAAAUACUUGUCGAUUUCAAAGUUUGGGAGGUAAUGUGCUCAUUCCAGUGGACCCUUCAUUUUCAUCUAAUGAAAUUCAACCUGCAACUGCCACCACUGCCUCUACCACUACCAACACAUCAUCAACUCCCUUUUCUGUCUCUGCUAUUGAAAAUGCAUUCAAUAUUGAAUCAUUGAAGAAUGAGUUGGCACUUUAUAUUGAACAGCUGUCUCAAAAAAUUCGACAAAAUGAAAGAAAGAAGAAAGAACGGGAAGAACGAAAUUAUAUUCAACAACAACAAUCGCUGCUACUGAAAGAAUCAAUCAAAGGGCUUUCCUCCUUUUCUAUGCAGUCUCAACAAAAAAUUGAAACCAAUACUGCCACCACAAACUAUAAGAGCUUGAAUGCAGAUCGCAUUUUCCAUAUUGAAUCUCUGUGUGAAGAAAUUAAUCAAACAAGACUCGAUUUACUGGAAGAAAAAUUGCGUGUGUUGACAGAAACAAACUGGAAAGGCAACAUCUCCUGUACCUACACUCUCCCAUUUACAAACAAAUCCUCCACAAAACCCUUCUUUCACUAUUUAUUAAUUAUUGAAGAAUAUAUUCGAGAGAAAUCACCCUUGUAUUUCCAAAAAUCCAUUCAACUCGUUCGAUUAUUGUUGUACUUUGAAUGGAGACAUUUAGUGCUCUCAUUGAAUGAAAUUAGCAAAGAGCUUUCUAGAUGGAGCUCUGAAAAUUUAAAGCAACUCGACACUCUAUAUUCACAAAGCUUUGAAUAUAAUACGACUAAAAAGACUCUGAGCAGCACCUACAAUGAAAUGUAUAGUCGAUAUAACAUGUAUACCCAAGCAUUUGGAGUGACAAAUGACGGAAGUCAAUUACGGCUUGACUCUAACACUUCUUCUGCCCUGAAUAGCAUGCGACAAACCAAGCAAGAGUUAUAUGCCAAUUUAGCAGAUGCUUCGAUCAAGUUGAAACAGACGAAUAACCAAAUCAGUUUGAACAUGUAUCAACUUGGCCUCAUUGAAAAUUUACUCAUCAAAAUAGUGAAUGCUCAGAAAGCAUCUGUCACGAGUUUGAGAUAUGGACAACUGAUCACCAAUAGCGUUCCACAAAGAUUGUUUGUGUUAGAUGAAAACUUUGAAACUGAACGUGACAUUCGAAACCUCAUUGAUUUGCCAAGCAAGCACGAUGCCAUUGAUAUUUGCUUUUUAAAACUGUCGAGCAGGCAUAUCAUUGAAAAAUUCAAGAGUCGAAUUGAGAGAGGAGAUGACUAUCUUCUUCAACUCAAGCAACAAAAAGAAGAAAUUCUUGCAGAGAUCAAGUCACAACAACUUGCCUCAUCAGAAGAGAGAAAGAAGCAUGCCUCUCAAAUGAUCAAGCAAAUGCAACAACGUCUACGAUCAAGUCUCACUUCAGGCCCAAAUUCUAAUUUUUUCUGCACUCAAAUUCAUCAAUAUGUGCAAAAGUUUCUCAAUAGUCCAAUCAAUUCCACAAUGGGCUUACCAAAGCUUCAAGAUUUGUUGAAAAACUUGACUGAUAAGGUGAUUUCCAUGAUGAAAAUAACUCUCAACUGGUAUCAAAUUUAUGAAGUAUUGGAAUCCAUGAUUUUUGAAUACACUUCUCAAACACGAGGAAUGAUCAUGUAUGAUUGUUGUCUCAUUCAAGUUAAGAAUGAAAUGAGAAUGAUGGAUGAAAAUUUCUACACCAAAUGUCAAGAAGUAUCACACAAGCUUGUUGGCCAAUUAUUACUCGAAAGUAAGAAAAUUGAUGACAAGGAUCUCAACGAAUCUGAAUUUAGACAAUUUGUCAUUGAGGAAGAAAUUGUAAAAUUUAAAGAAGAGUAUCGAGUUGCCAUUGAAUUAAUCAAAUCGCUUUCAGAGGAUUACCAUGAAAAAGUUUCAGACACUAAACCGUAUAAUCCUUCUGCCAAGUUAUCAAUUAUUACACAAGCAGCUCGAGAAGUGAUGAAUAAGAUUUACUUUUCCAAAACAAAGAUCCGGUCAGAAAUUGAUCAGCAUGUCUCUGCCGAUGAUUUUGUGCCCAUGUUUAUUUGUGUGAUUUGUACAGCUGCUAUUAGGGACAUGUUCACACAAAUUGGGUUCAUUAAGGAAUUUGCUUUUGGAGAUUAUCUAGUUGGAGAACAGGGCUUCUUUUUGAGUAGUUUGGAAUCUUCUGCCAUAUUUAUUAUGAACUUUGAAGAUGAUAAUUAUAAGGUUAUUUAA